AGUGAAUACAAAUUGGGGUUAGUUCUGGUUUACUGUGAAAAUGGCUGCUGUUGAAACGAAACCCGUGGAAACAAAAGAAAAUUUUGCCAAUGAUGAUGAGAAGGACGAAGUUGGCGAUGAAAAUGUAGACGGAAAUGCUCCAGAUGAUAGGAAAAAGAAAAAGAAACCGAAAAGGCCGAAAAAAUCUGCGGCAGAAAAAGCCGAAGCCGCAGCUCUAAGAGAAGCUCUUGCUGAGAAAGAGGCGGCUGAAAAAGCAUUAAAAAUUGCUGCUAAGGAAGCGGAAAAACUUAAAAAACAGCAAGCGGAAUUUGUCGUAGCAGAAGAUGAAGACGAAGAGGAGGAAGGUGGUUCAGAUGCUUCGAAGAAGAAAAAAAAGAAGCGUAACAAGAAGAAAGGAGUUGACAGUGGAAAAUUGGUGGCGCCUUCAGUGCCGAUUGCUGAACAAUUCAAGAAUUCGGAAUUUCCUGAGGGAGAAAUAAUGCAAUAUCCUGAUGCCACCACAGCCAAAGAUCGCUUCACAAGUGAGGAAAAGCGAGCUCUGGAUCGAAUGCAUUUGGAUAUCUACAAUGAACUGAGACAAGCUGCUGAGGCCCAUAGACAGACUCGACAGUACAUGCAAAAAUGGAUUAAACCUGGAAUGACAAUGAUUGAAAUUUGUGAAGAGUUAGAGAGUACUGCUAGGAGGUUAAUUGGCGAGAAAGGUUUAGAAGCGGGGCUCGCUUUUCCGACCGGUUGUUCAAGGAAUCACUGUGCUGCUCACUACACUCCGAAUGCAGGCGAUCCAACAGUGUUGGAAUUUGACGAUGUGACCAAAAUUGAUUUCGGCACUCACAUAAAAGGACGAAUCAUCGAUUGUGCUUUUACACUUUCCUUCAACCCGAAAUAUGACAAGUUGCUGGAAGCCGUUAAAGAUGCCACCAACACUGGAAUUCGAGAAGCUGGAAUCGACGUGAGGUUAUGCGACAUCGGUGCCGCUAUCCAAGAAGUAAUGGAAUCAUAUGAGGUCGAAUUGGAUGGUAAAACUUAUCAGGUGAAAAGUAUUCGCAAUUUAAAUGGUCAUUCAAUUAGUCCCUAUCGCAUCCACUCCGGAAAGACCGUGCCGAUUGUGAAGGGAGGUGAGACGACCCGUAUGGAAGAAAACGAGUUCUAUGCCAUUGAAACGUUCGGUUCGACCGGACGCGGAAUGGUUCAUGAUGAUAUGGACUGCUCCCAUUAUAUGAAAAAUUUCGACGCACCAUUUGUGCCACUACGGCUGCAGUCCUCAAAACAGCUGAUGGGAUUGAUCAACAAAAACUUUGGAACGUUAGCAUUCUGUAAACGAUGGCUUGAUCGAGCUGGUGCCAGCAAAUAUCAAAUGGCACUCAAGGAUCUCUGUGACAAGGGCGUAGUCGAAGCUUAUCCACCGCUGUGUGACGUGAAAGGAUGCUACACCGCACAGUAUGAACAUACGAUCAUGCUACGUCCAACCUGCAAGGAAGUCGUUUCACGUGGCGAUGAUUACUAAAUACGAAUCCGGUUGACGCUGACCUUCAUCUCGCCAGUGAUUGGAACAAGAUGUAAUCGGUUCCAUCGUUCGGGAUUCUUUAGGAUUGUUUCGUUUGCGCUUAAAAAACAGUGUCAUUCUAAGUUAUUCAUUUGUAACGAAGAAAUCGAUUAUUGAAUAUUCUGUACGCUAACAAAUAUAUUACUGAUGUACUGAUGUUAGUUUCAA